AUGGCAGGUGACUCCAGUUUUCCAGAUGUGGAGAGUGAUGGAUCAGAAAAAAAUGAAGAAACAGAGAUUGUAGUCAAUGUUGGUGGGGUAAGGCAGGUGUUCUACGGAGACAACCUGAACCAAUAUCCAGAAACACGACUGGCAGAGCUGAUGAACUGUUUAUCAGGGGGAUAUGAUAGCAUAUUCUCACUCUGUGAUGACUAUGAUCCUGGAAAAAGAGAGUUUUACUUUGACAGAGAUCCAGAUGCUUUCAAAUGCAUUAUUGACGUGUACUACUUUGGGGAAAUUCAUAUGAAGAAAGGAAUAUGCCCCAUAUGUUUCAAGAAUGAAAUGGAAUUUUGGAAAGUGGAUCUAAAAUUUUUGGAUGACUGCUGCAAAACUCAUCUAAGUGAAAAAAGGGAGGAACUGGAAGAAAUAGCCCGAAGAGUGCAGCUGAUUCUGGAUGACCUGGGAGUAGAUGCCUCAGAAAGUCGUGGGAAAAGGUGCCAAAAAUACAUCUGGAAAUUUCUGGAGAAGCCAGAAUCAUCCUACCCAGCUCGAGUGAUUGCUGUUCUGUCCUUUCUGUUUAUUUUGAUCUCCUCCAUUGUGAUGUGUGUGGGGACCAUCCCAGACCUGCAGAUUGUAGAUGCGGAGGGGAACCGUGUGGAGCACCCAACUCUGGACAGCAUAGAGACAGUCUGUAUAGUCUGGUUUACCAUGGAGUAUGUGCUAAGGCUAAUCUCCUCUCCCAACAAACUCCACUUUGUCUUGUCUUUCAUGAACAUUGUCGACGUGCUAGCAAUACUUCCGUUCUAUGUCAGCCUGACCUUGACCCACUUGGGAGCCAAGCUCAUGGAGCUGAGCAAUGUCCAGCAGGCUGUCCAGGCGCUGCGCAUCAUGAGGAUCGCAAGGAUUUUCAAGCUUGCACGGCACUCCUCAGGGCUCCAGACUCUAACGUAUGCCCUGAAACGCAGCUUUAAGGAGCUCGGGCUGCUCCUCAUGUAUUUAGCUGUUGGGAUCUUUGUCUUUUCUGCCCUGGGUUAUACCAUGGAGCAAAGUCACCCUGAAACUUUAUUUAAAAGCAUCCCUCAGUCAUUUUGGUGGGCAAUCAUUACCAUGACCACGGUUGGAUAUGGAGAUAUAUACCCUAAAACAACACUAGGAAAACUGAAUGCUGCCAUCAGUUUUCUAUGUGGAGUGAUAGCAAUUGCCCUUCCCAUCCAUCCCAUAAUUAACAACUUUGUCAGAUAUUAUAACAAACAGAGAGUUUUAGAAACAGCUGCCAAGCAUGAAUUGGAGCUGAUGGAGCUGAACUCAGCUGAUGGGAAAGCCACAAACGCCAAGAAUGAACCAGAGGAUCUUGCAAGGGAAGGCAAGGAGGUGCCUUUUUAUAGCAGCCGGCUAAAAGUCUCACACAGUGACACCUUUAUUCAUCUCCUGUCAGAAGAGAAACACUGUAGGAACAGGCUUCAAAGCUGCAAAUAA